AACCUUACCUUCCAUUUUCUGCAACUUCUCCAAAUCUCAUACUUUCCAGAAAAUCAUUUUCCCAAGAAAAAUAAAACUUUCCUCUUUGUUCUUCUCCCCCCAACAGCAAACACGGCCUACCAAAUGGAGCUAGGAGGAGAUUCCUCUCCACUGAGGAAAUCUGGGAGAGGAAAGAUCGAAAUCAAACGGAUCGAAAACACAACGAAUCGUCAAGUCACUUUCUGCAAACGCAGAAAUGGUUUGCUCAAGAAAGCUUACGAACUCUCUGUUCUUUGUGACGCUGAAGUCGCACUCAUCGUCUUCUCUAGCCGUGGCCGUCUCUAUGAGUACUCAAACAACAGUGUAAAAGGGACAAUCGAGAGGUACAAGAAGGCAAUAUCGGAUAAUUCCAACACCGGAUCGGUGGCAGAAAUUAAUGCACAGUAUUACCAACAAGAAUCGGCCAAAUUGCGUCAACAAAUAAUCAGCAUACAAAACUCGAACAGGCAAUUGAUGGGUGAGACGAUAGGGUCAAUGUCUCCCAAAGAGCUUAGGAAUUUGGAAGGCAGAUUAGACAGAAGUAUCAACCGAAUCCGAUCCAAGAAGAAUGAACUCUUAUUCGCCGAAAUUGACUACAUGCAGAAGAGAGAAGUUGAUUUGCAUAACGAUAACCAGCUUCUUCGUGCUAAGAUAGCUGAAAACGAGAGGAACAAUCCAAGUAUGAAUCUGAUGCCAGGAGGAUCUAACUACGAGCAGAUAAUGCCACCGCCUCAAACGCAAUCUCAACCGUUUGAUUCAAGGAAUUAUUUCCAAGUCGCGGCAUUGCAACCUAACAAUCACCAUUACUCAUCCGCUGGUCGCCAAGACCAAACCGCUCUUCAGUUAGUGUAA